CUUCAGUCUAGCGAGUCCUCCAUUUCUGCCACCGCGUCAUAUGUCGAGAACUACUUGGAAUGUAAGUAAAAAAUGUUACCCUUUUAUGUUUUCAUUUAAAGAAUUUUUAUCCACUGGGAAAAAACAUAUUCCUUAUAUUCAUUAGAUUUACUUGCAACUUCAGUUAUGUAACCUUCCUUCAACAGAUAUGUACAUCCUGUGUGAGUCGAAACUUGAAAAAGAGACUUCCGAAAUAUUUAUGGCCGUCAUUUAAUAUUCGUUCGUUCUCUGUUAAGCUAAUAACCGAAAGAUUAUGCGUUAAGGCGAAAGUAAACAGAGGCUUUGACCUAAAUAGCUUUCUCAAAUCAGCACGCAAUGUUCAAAAUUCUCUUUCAAGUAGUUACUUUUGCAUUUUGGGUAUAGUAGGGUUUAUUUCUGUGCCUCUGAAAAUUCAUGCCCGAUUUCCUAAUCUCACCACGGCCAUUAUAUCCACGAAAUUCGCAAGUCUCCUGCUAGUAAACCUGGCUUACACCAACGUCAAGAUGCCUUAUUUCUUGUGAUGGAUUGACGAUUUUUGCGAGAGGUACUGAUCGAGCGAUCUCGAGAAAAUUCAAGCCUUGCCUCAAUCAUGCUUUCAGUGUCAUGUUACGGAAGGUAAUGUGACAGACAUUUCAACCUGUCACGCACUCUGUUAUAUUCGUGAUCAGAUUUACAUGUAAGCACCUGGCGCCCAAAUAAAGUUGUCGACGGUUGCUAAAAACAUUAAAAUUUGAUCAAUUAACAUAGUUGCAUGAUAUUUUAUAUCAUGUUUGUUUUCUGGGUGGGUCGCAAAAAGUAUGCACAAAUCUUACCUCAUUUUGUGUCUAUUAUAUUUUUUUUUUUUUUUUUUUUGUCAAACUUCACGAAAGACUGCCCAGAUCAACUGUCAGCUCCAUAAAAAAAAAUAUCACAAUGUUUCGUUGCAAAUUAAAUUCAGGGCUUUGCUUUAGCAGUGAGGUCCUUCUAGCAGGGGCUGGGGAGGGGGGUACAUAUGUCCCUAGUCUGAAUUUCAAACACUACCGUUUCGUGUUUUGAAUAAUAGGCCUUGUCCUUGUUGGUGUUCAGCCCAUCUUGAUGCCGUUUGUCGCCAUUUCAUCUAUUUUUAUGUUGUUGUUACAAGGUCAUGUCAAUUGUCGUAAUUUUACCCUCAGCCGCGCCUGGUUUCCUGGUGCCCCACUUUUGCUAUUGGGCGAUAACAAUAUCUUAGUUUUCUUCACAAAAAUCCUAUGUUGGGCACCCUGGGUGAGACAGUUUUAGAGAACUGGGCUCUCUUCAAUUUUUCUUAGAACAGAGCCUUGAAAUUUCAUGUUUUUCAUUUUCUUAUUUCCUGAAAUACCGUGUAGUAAAAUACAUAUUAAAAAUGUUUUCUUAAAUCAAAACCUUAUGCCGUUGUUUUAAAUGGUAAAUGUUCUGCUGAAUGAAAACAGAUUUGUGAUAUAGAAACAAAUGAUUGCAAUAAUUUUGUCUUCCACAAUCCAAUCCAAUCUGGUUUAAACAGGUGUAGAAUCCCUUCCUGAUGAUGUUCAAAGGAACAUUUCUCAGAUGCGAGAGUUGGAUCUUCAUUACCAGGGUGAGAAGAAGUAUUUACCCUUUUAGUCCCAGUAUCCACAUGCAAAUUCUCCAAACUGAUCUCCAUACGUUUCCAUAAAGAAUAAGUUGAGGGAAUUUGUUCAAACAUCAUUUUAUUUAUUCUCAUAAUUUCUCUUUUAAUUAUGUAUGGAUAUUGUUAGGAGAAAAUUGAUGUUGGUCACUCUUAGGACUUAAGACCAGGCCCUAGUUGUUCAAGAGGUGGAUAGCAUUACUGUUGUAUCUGUUACAGGUCAAAAUUAAAAUCGGGUUAUGAUUUUUUGACCUAGGUUGAUUCAAAGUUCCUUUGUCUAUGCAUUAGGGCUAGGAGACAAAGGAAAUUGAGAAUUAUCCUAGGUUAAAAAAAUUCAACCUGAAUGUAAUAUUUUGACCUGUAACAUAUUAACUGGAUAGAUCUUUAUCCAGUGAAUAUAGUGCAACUGGUUCCCUUGAUACUUAUCCAUUGAAGAGUGAUUCAUCCGGUGGAUUGCACCAUUUCAGCUUUUGAACAACUAUUUUAUUUCUGUUUGAAACAGGCACAGAAGUGUCAGUUUGCAACAGUUGUAAGCCUGAUCUUAGCGAUUUAUUUUCUUGAAAAGAAACUGGGAGUUUGAGAUUUUUAAGGCAAAGCUGUUUGAAUGUACUUUUUUCUUACAGAGAGGUUAAUACUAAGUCAUUUAUUUGUCAAAGGGAAAAGUGAAUGUUAAAAUUGUUUUACUAGUGCAUGGUAUUAAGGUACAAUAAUAAAAAAGAUUUAAAAAAUUUAAUCAAGUUGGUUGCAUGUACAAAUAAUAGCAAUAGUAGUGAGCCUGAUCAUAGCAAUUUAUAUCUCUCUGAAAAAAGGAACUUGAGAUUUUUACAGCAAAACUGUUUAAAUGUACUUUUUUUUCUCGCAGAGAGGUUAAAAGAACUUGAAAGGCUGGUCAAUAAUUUCUUCAAAGAAAAGGACAGCACAGCCAGGCGAAAAUACUUGAUUCAGAUACAAAGAAAACUUGUUAAAAGCCAGGAAUAUGGAGAUGACAAGUUACAACUUGUUGGAAAUAUGAUUGAUCUGGUGAGAGCAGUAUGACAUUUAUAUGUAUGAAGUGGUUGCCUACGUAAGAAUUCCAAGCAGCCCACAAAACAUCUUUAACUUGAGGUUAAAAUAUACACUUCAAUGUGUAAGAUCCAAACUUAAGUCUUCAAGAUCAUUUCAUGGUCAGAUUAGUGCUGUCCACUUGGUCUGGGCUAUAGUUGAGACAAACUGACUAGUAAGAUCUGCAAGCUGCCCAACUGGGGAGCAGUUUUGCCCUUUGUCAGAGAAAUUUACUCUUAACCUAAUUUUGGGCUGGCCUUUCAGAGUUCCAGGACAGUAAAAUCAAGCAAUAUUUUGUCCUUUGAGCAAACUCAUUUUGCUAUUUUUGCCUUACCCAGUUGGAUAAAUAUGAGCUUCUCUGUGGAAACAGCCCCAUUUAUAAAUACCACAAUUUUUUUUUUUUUAAAAAAAUAGCUAUGUUAAUUAAGUAAUCCUCAACUUAUGAUUACUUUUUUUUUUUUUAUCCGGUAGGUUGAUAUUCGCACUCGGCAGAUUGAAAUGGACGUGGAAAACCUUGACACAGGCAGGAAUGAGGAUCUCCCUCCACUCUUGAAACAGGAAGCCCAGCCAGGUACCAACUAUAAUAACUAAAAUCAACAUCCUCUUUGUGUACACUUUAUACCCUAAGUUCAGUUGUCGAUGCAUUAAAAUUGUGUUUGUUUGCUUGUUACUUUGUUUAGUCAUACUGGAAGAACACCAUGCAAAGCCCACAGAGAAAAAACGUAAGCUAAUCUAUUCUUUGAUAUUGACUUAAUUAUGUCAUGUGAUUCUUCACCUCAUUAUGCUAGUGGCCAUCCAAAAGGGAUAUAGAUGAUGAUAAUGCUUUUGUCUGAUUAAAAAAUCUUGUCCCUGUUAACCAAUCAAUAUUUAUUAAUAAUAAUCAUAAUAGUAAUUAUAAACAACGAUGAUAAUAAUAAUUAAUAACAGGGACAAGAACAAGAAGACAACAACUGCAACAAAGUGAACUUGAUUUACUCCACAGUUUCUGGGGAAUAACUUUAUUCCUUGCCAUCUCCUGUCCUUUUUUUUUUACAAUAUUAGUCAUAGUCUGAUAAUAUUCUGCUCUUCAGGAAACAGAAGACAGCGUAACCAUGACAAACAUGAACAUGAUUCUGAAGGGAGGGGUGGGUCAGGUGGUGCCGGUGGGUCAGAUGUCAUCAAACCUGUUAAAAAGAAAGCAAAGACCAGUAGAAAGUGAGUAUGAAAAGAUUAAGGUCAGGAGCCAGUUGUUGAAAAGGUGGAUAACACUAUCCACUGGAUAAAUCUCUAUCUAGGGGAUAAAGCUAUAGUUUGUCCAAAUACUUAUCUCCUGGAUAGUGAGUUAUCCGGUGGAAAAAACUGUUCAACUUUUGAACGACCAGGGUCAGGACUUUGAGGACAAAAUAAGGUAGUAAGCGUGUCUAGCACAUUCAAACCUCCAUGUGCAACUACCUCUCAUAAGUUUCAACCUCCCAUAAGUGACUAGUCAUUCAAAACACCAAAAUUUUCCCAGUUUAGGUUUGUAGUCCGCAUGUGUAUGUAUGCUAGAUGAUAAUAUUGUUCUUUGGAAUAUAUGAAAUAAAAAAAAUUUUUCCCUUUCAAAUCGCUAUCGGUGAAGCCUCUCGCAAACAAACACCUUUUGUGAGUGACCCUGACCGCUAUUUUGAGGAAACACUUUUCACAUUUUCCUUUGUUAUUUAACCUAUUGUAAGUGACCAUUUGACACAUGGUGUGAUCUUUAUAAUCACUGUAUGUACUAGACUUCUCGUGGCAUACAAAAAACUUUUAAACAACAUGGAGCUUAGCAUACUUAGAAACUGAAUGUAGUAAAUUCUCCUUUGAAAACUAUAUGCGUCAGGACCUUUUCUCAGAAAACACCCCCUAUGGAUUGAUUCUCACAAGUGUCACUUCCUGUAAGCGACCACCGUUUCUUUGUAGAAGUAAUGGCAGUGUUCUUUUUUCUCUGACUUCUGCUGUGUUUUCUCUGUAAAUUAGGGGCAAGUCAAAGAACCAAGGAUCACCUACACCUGAGUUUCCAAUUGAUCCAAAUGAACCAACGUACUGUCUUUGUAAUCAGGUAUGCUGCCAUUAAUGUUAAUAUCAUUUCAACUUAAAAUAGAAUUUAUUUUAAGUUAAAAUGAUAUACCCCCACCCCCUAUUUAAUAUUUUAUUUUACUGCAUGACUUCUCUAUUUUCUUAACAGUAUAUCCACUUGUUCCCCACUAUAAUUUUUACUUUGAUUUCUCUUUUCAGGUUUCAUUUGGAGAAAUGAUUGGAUGCGACAAUGAAGAGGUAUGUACAAUUACACUGGCAAGCACUCCAUAUGUAUACAUUUGUCUUUCAUUCAUUUCAAGAGUCAUUUCUAAAACUUACAUUUCCACCACAAAGAUAAUUUGCUAUGUAAUUAUUUGUUAUCAUAUCAAGACAUCAGCUCCACUUUGUUUCUGUUAAUUUUAGUGACCAAAUGUUGGAAGCUUUUUUGACUCCAACCGUAAACUCUUCAACCAGUGUCCCUUUUUUUAGUAUUUAGAUGAUUAAGAUAAAAGUUAAGUGUUUUGAUAAAUGUAUCACACAUUUUUUUUCUCCACAGUGCCCCAUCGAAUGGUUUCACUUUCAGUGUGUGGGACUCACUAACAAACCAAAGGGAAAAUGGUAAGUUAUCUGUUGUUAAAAAGAAAAUCUCCAUAUUGUUUUUAGCCUGCGCAUGCGAGCAAGUUCUCCAUUUGAGGAGUCACGUGCAGUCACGUGAGAGCUGCACGCGAAAGGAGACACACAUUUGCUGGAGGCUUGCUUCGCUUGCCAUAGUUGGAGAGCUUGCUCAUAGGCUUUAUUGAUUUAAAAAUGUGCGAAAAAGUAGCGUCUUUCCUUUAUUUUUUAUAAAGUUUAAAAUUUUGGCAGUUUCUGCCAUCAUUUAUACCGAGCGCUGGGAAAAAACGGGUCCGGGCAUAGUUUUGACGUCAUUGGAGGAUAUUAAUUUCACGUGAGCGACACAAACUGCUGUGGAACCAUGCGCGAUGCCUGCGUUAUUUUCAGUUAUGACAAUACAGCCGAUCCUAAAAGAGGUAUCGGGCCCCUAAAGAUUCCAUGCUGGGGUGAUAUUGGUGCUGAAUUUAUCAAGCGAAGAAGGAUUUACCUCACAUAAAACACUUUCCCCUUUUUAAUUUCUCGCUUCACGGCCUUACGCUUAUGAGUGCGCGGGAACGCGGGAAUGGUCUCCUUCAGUGACGUCACAACAUCGUCGUACCCAGCUCCAACAAAUGUUCGGUAAUGGGAUACAAGAGCCAAGCAGCCAUGGAAUAAAAUGAAAUGUAUGUGGGAUGUAAAGAAGAUACAUGUUACUGUUAGAGCUUCAAAGUUAAUAUAAAGUCAUUUUCUAUCCACCAGGUACUGUCCAAAAUGUACAAAUGAACGCAAGAGGGAGCGAAAUGGCCUCAGAUAACAUUCUUUGCCUCAAAUGGAGAACUUUUAUACUGAUCACAUCUUUUCAUAAAGACGUGACCAACAUGUAUUAUGUAAUUUACAAUCUGUUCUGAAAUAGAAUAGGUUCUUUAUUUUUAAUAGUUAAUAACAUAUUCUUCCUAAAAGUUGAUAAUUUGUUGGACAAAUACUUCCUUGGUCUCCAAAAAUUAACAUCUCGUAAGUACAGUUGUGAAAAUGGGACAGCCAUUUGUCAAGAAACAAAUAAUUUCACCAUCAAAGAUCACGAUACGUUUAAUGAGAGUAAAUUGUCAACUUUCUUGUCAAUUUUUAUCCCUUAAUUCGGCAUUACUGUAAAUGUAAUCUUUGUUUGUGUGGUAUUUUCUUUAAUGUUGCUGAAGUAUUUUUCUUGUAUUGGUCAGUUCGUAAAGCCAAGUCCUGUUCAAACUUGAUGCCUAAGCACUAGAUCUUGCAAAUCAGAAAAAGAUUGUGUUGUGUUCAGACUAUAGGUAACGAUACUGUACAGUACACAAUUGCUCCGUUUUGCGAUGCCAGAUGGCAUUUCGAAAUGCGAAAACUGUGAAUAAGGUUUCUCGGAACCGACGGUGAACUCGUAGCACAAGCAAUCGGUGCUUUGUGCCUGAAUACAAGGUCUUUACCUUGUAACCUAGUACAGAUCAGCACCCACGUCUGGUCUGAGUACUUGAACAGUAGGGCCAUUUAUACGAGGAAAAAUAAGACGCGUCUUAAAUAAGACGCGAACUGUACCAUUUAUACGAGCAUGUCUUAUUUUAGACGAAAUGUGCCGUUUAUACGGAAAGUUCGCGUCUUAUUUAAGACGCGUCUUAUGUUUCCUGGUAUAAAUGGCCCUAGUACGUUUACAUUAGUCUCAGCCAGGAUCGUUCGCUAGCAGCAUGCUCAGGCACCAAGCGUGAACUUGACCUAGAUUCAGGUUAAGUAAAGAUUUUAUUUUAGCCUUGGUGGUAAUCUCCUCAGUAGUAUUUAUUGUACAUUAUAGUUUCAGCCUACCCUGAAAGGAAACAAUUUUAUGGUAGAAUAAACAAUCAAUGUAGUCGGAUUGUUGACUCUUCAUUUGAAUUAUCUACAGGCAAGGCGGAGCAGGCUCUGCAGAUUAAAUGAAUCUUUUGACAAAAUUUUUACGUUCCCUUACAGUUUAUAUGAAUAUUAUUAACUUUUAUGAAACAGCUCUGUUCUGUUAGACCUUAGAUUAAGACCCGCGAUCAGAAGUUUUCAACGCGUCAGAGCGUGUUCUAGUGAUGCGUUUGUUUUCGUAUUUGUUUCUUUAGGAUUUCGUUUUUUUAUUAUUAUUAUAUUUUUUGAGGUUAAAGAUAGUUUCGUAUUGAGAUAUAUAGAAAAAUCCUUGUGUUAAUUUGUUUCUUUUGCAUCUUAUAAUUGUCUAAAGUUGGAAAGAUUCGUUAAAAACAACUUCUGAAAUUGCAAAUCUCUUGUUUUGUUGUGGUUUUGCCUGGACUUACUUAAUUGGGUCUAAUUACCUCAGUUUUUUGGUGUUGUUGAAUAAAAAAGUCAAAAAUUAGAGUCAAUUAACUAUAAUUAAGAGUUUUUCGUAAUGUGUGCACAAAAUUUCUUUUCGUUAGAAUUAGCCGUUGAUGUCCCACCAAAGUAAAUGAUGUAAAGACAUUCAAUAAAUGAAGUUUCUCUCCUAAUCAAGUUCAAUAACGUUUUGUUUUCUUUGCUAGAACGUUAUUCAAGGAAGCAUAGUUUGUUUUUAGCUCUUUUAUUAAUCAAUUGGAACAACCUAUGUCGAUCAAUUAACAAUUCCAUCGUAAGUUCAACUAGUUUUGUUGACAUCUUUUUUGAGAGAAACAAGGUGCUUCGAAGGAGACACCUUAACAUUUUUCUGUCAUAAUGGCCUAGCGUCUUAAUUAUCCUAAUUUAGAAGGACCAAGAAACAUUAUUCUCAUGGUCUUAGCAUUAAAAGAAGGUGUGAAGCCCUUAGCACUUACAUCACUUAACAACUUUGAUGACGAGCUGUCUGAAAAUGUCUUUUGUUAACUUAAAUUGUCUGUAUUUCUUGCGUGUAGGUAACUAACUGGCAGAUUUUUUUCAGACGGAAUUAGCGCGCUUUUUCAUUUAAGCAGCUCAAGAUAUUUGUUUUAAAAUCAAGUGGUAAGUUCAACUGAUUUUACCAUGUGUUUGAAGAGCAGAUAAAAGUCAGUUUACUCGGCAAAUUUAUAUUUCUUUAUUUUUUGGUCUUUAAAAAUCUGCAAGUGCGGUAAAAAUGCAUGUAGAGGGGUACCUUGAAUGAUUGCCUGUUUCUAGAUCAGCCAGUAAUUAAAAGCCAUUGCAAACUAGAACGUUCUUCGCCAAAAUAUGAACUAAGUUAUCCAGGUAAAACGGAAAUCUGUUCAUCAGUUCCUUUUUAGUACUAUCUAAGGUUAUGUGAGUGCAAAAAUGCGUGGUGACCCUUCUUUGUUGAUGAAAACAAUCUCUGCUUAGUAAAUUCCACUUUUUCUGUAUGAGUUAAACCUUGAAACGCUGCAAGAACGUUAAACGGGAUUGUGCCACUGUUGUUCCAAGUUUUUGUAAUCCAUUGUAUCGCCCCAUACAAGGAAAUCCAGGACCGUUUUGGAUUCUGGAUUCUACGCCGUGGAUUGUGGAUUUUAGGUACUAGAUGAGACUUGGACUCCAGAUUCCUUGAGUUCAAUUCCGUAUUCCAAAGCCCAGGGUUCCAGAUUCCACAAGCACAAAUUUCCAGGUUUCCAGAAUCCGAACACAGGGCGAACCCAACGUCAGGUGAUGUUUCAAUGUACCACCAGGGUAAUGAAAGAGAAGCUGAUUCUUUCAUUGUUCCUCCGGAGCCUGCAUUGGAUAUGCGCAGUUCCUGUUUCAAGGUAUUCGGGUAAGUGAAAAAAAUAUAUUUGUUGUCGUUAAUAUUAUGUAAAGAUUGUGAGUAUUAAAAAUAUCUUUUUACAUACAUAAAACAUGCUAGCUAUAUAGGGCCUGGAAAGGGGUGUCCUUAUCGCACAUUUCCCGCUCCUUUUACACGAGGAUAACGCGUCUCGAACUUCCAUCAGUGAUGACUCAAUAUCUUUCUUCCCAAUCCCGUAUCCUGUGCAAUUCUGCUUCCUGGGUAGCAGUCAAAUCCGGUAUCCCGUUAACGUUUCUUGAAUCCCGCACGAUCCCGCACUGUUUUUUGGUCAAAUCCCCGAUCCAGGAAAUACCCUUCCAAAUCCGGGCAUUUGCUCAUUUAACUUUUUUUUUUAUUGGCGUUUUUCUUGCUGUUUCCGUAAAUGAUAAAAAAUGUAAUGGUGUCUUUAGAAUGUCAAGAAGCACUUGGCGUUGAAAAUGGCCAAAUUCCUGACAGAAAAAUAAGUGCUUCGUCUCAGUGGGAUGCCAAUCACGCUUCAGAGCAGGGGAGGCUACAUUUUCAGGCAUCAGGAAGCAAAGUCGGAGCUUGGUGCGCCGGUCGAAAUGAUGAUAAUCAAUGGCUCCAGGUGGAUUUAGGCUCUCAGUUUACUCGAAUCACAGGUGUAGCAUCACAAGGAAGAAAUGGGGCACAUCGACAGUGGGUCACGAAAUAUAAACUGUUGUACAGUAAUGAUGGAAUAAACUUUACGUUUUACAGAGAAAAAGAGCAAAUGACGGAAAAGGUAAAAUAAACAAUUUAGUGUCUUCUAUCAUGCCUCAAUCAUAUUAACUCUUAUGCCCACAUUGGAAAGGAUAAUUAAACUGAGUGGAGCGCAUGGCUCGCGUUCGAUUUGAAGCCACAAAUUUGACUUCAGACCAAUCUUGCACGACACAAAGUUCCAUCCAGUAGAACUGUAUUAUCCAUUUUGAAAUCGCACAAUUUGAGCGCCCAGCCAAUAGGAUUUUAGUCAGUAUGUACAUUUUAUUGAUCUUGGGGGCGGAUUUAAAAAAAAGUGAAACCGGAAAUGUUUUUACAUAUCCUGAUUUUUGUCCGUGUGCUAACAAAAAUAAUGCGAUUUAGAGCAACAAGACGUUAUUUAGCACUGAAAUGAUGCUAUGUAGGACAGAUACGCAUCGGAGCUGAUUUUUUGGGGGCGACCAGAGUAGUCCGCAGUCCUAAUCUCCAGCUUGUUAUUACGCAUGUGCGGCAUGUAUGUGACCAGCAGUUUAGCAGUCGUUUGUACUGCUACGUAGAAUGAAUGAAUGCGCAGAAAGCAACCUGAUUAUCUGGAGGGCGUUACACCAUCUAUCACUCAUAAUCUGACCACUAGGGUUUUGAUCAUAUAGUCGCGAAGACUCGUACGCGAUUACGCAGUGAUCAGUGUUAGAGUAAAAGCAUUUUGACCUUCGAUCGAUCUCGCCCGCACCCCCUGAACUUUAGUUCGUUUUUUAUUUUAUUUAUUUAGUUAUCUAUUUAAUUAUUUCGAAUUUGGUUUGGUUUUGUAUUCUUGCCCGUUCGCAACUUUCUCAACCAGACACUUCCCGCGUAAUUUUCCCGCCAUUUUGACGCGGCUACACAUGUUUUUUUUUUUUAAUCUGAUUUCUUCAUCUGAAUAUCGUCGCUCGUCAUGAUAGGCAGGAGAAACACGGAGUGCACGUUCUUUUUUCGACAUUUAAUCUGUUGUUUCACUUAUUUUUAGCUUUUUCCUGGUAACAUAGAUGAGGACACUGUUGUGUAUCAUGGGCUCAAUCCCCCAAUUAGGACGCGCUACAUUCGGUUUCAACCAGUGACUUGGAAUAAGCACAUAAGUAUGAGGAUUGAGAUAUAUGGUUGUCGAGGUAUCAAGUAAUAGUUUUGUACAUUAAUAUUACAAGUCUUAGUUUUUAAAGAGUACUAAUAUUCAAACUUCAUGUGCUUUGCGAAAACCUGAAAGUUCAUUGGCCUUUGGGAGGGAGUGUAUUCAUGGCGGAUAACGCAAGUAAUUCCUUCGUAAUUCCCCAUUUUAAUUAAGAACAUUGCAGUGUAUUUUGUUUAAACGACGUAUUGUUUUUCUUUUGAGUGAGUUUUCAUUUUGUAAUGUUGCCAUUUGAACAAAGAAAUACGCUUAUUUUGUAGUUGCUGUUUUUUUUUUUCAAGUUCCGAGUUUACAGAGCGCUCUCUUUAUAUAUCAGAAAAGUUAGUCUUCUAGUUCGUGAUUUAUUGUCCAGAGAAAUUCACUCACUGCACUCGCUUCAUUUAGAGCUCGGAAUUCUUCAUAAUGCAUCGGGCAAUUCUACAACUAGCGCGUCAGAAAUCACUCAGAUUUCAGAUUUUUAUUUUUUGCAUUAUCUCAAGAGGUUACUAAAAAACUUACAAUACAUUACAAGAGAGAAGGAAAAAAUAAAACAACAAAUUACAUAAAUCAUCAAAGGUUAAAUGUGCGCAGUGACCAAAGGAACUUAGGCUUUCGAGUUGGUUACGGCCACGUGCAACUAACUGGAGUGGAUAUUUACAUAAAACUACCAGUGACGUAUAGCGAAAAAAGGAAAAUUAAAAGUGCAUACGUACCCAUCAGAUACGACAAUAUGAACUUGGUUUAAAAUAGAACCGUUGCAAUAGAAAAUCUUCAUUCAUUUUUAUUCUUUCGUAGUCGGUUUCCAGUGGAAUUUCGAGUCAUCCAGUGGUACAAAUUUCCUGGAUGAGUCAAAUAACACCCAGACGUACGCCAUAGGGAGUGGUUUGUACGUAGGAGCUGAUACUCUUCAUGUAACGGAGUCUGGUCAUCUUAAAAUCGAGAAGAGGGAAACGGACUUUGAUAACAGUGGAGACGAACUAGGCGUCUCUUUGUGGAUAAAGCAUAAAGGUAACCUUACUAUCUUCAGAUUCCUUUUAAAGAGUUAAAAUACAUUAAGCAAAUCGGGAAUGAACCGUAAAAGAAUCAUUAUUAGACGUCAGACAUAGGAAAGUGUGUUGAUAAACAAGGCGUGACCAAGCUUUUUAACAGACAAGGGUGUCUGAAUAUUGCGUUACAUUCCUACUCCUGUGUGAUUGUAUCACUGUGUUUAUAUACCGGACGGAACACUCUUUCUUGUCCUACACUUUUCAGUGUUUAAGUGUCAUAUGAAACACUCCUCCUGUUUUGGUAUCAUUUCUCGGUGUUUGUAUACCGGAUACUCCUUCUAGUGUUUGUUGUAACACCUCUCUGUGUUUGAAUAUCAGAUGAAACACUCUUUCUCGUGUUUGAUAUAUAUUACUACUCGGUGUUUUGAUUUUGUAUGAAAACUCCUGCUCAUGUUUGAUAUAUGUAAUUUCGCUUAAACACUGCUUUUUCUUGUUUGAUAUGACUUCUUAACUGAUCCCAAAGGCGUAUAUGAAUGAUCGGUGUAAAUAUGGCAAUCACGGCCACCUUUUUUCGAGUUUACUAAGUAACUUAACCGCCACCUUGGUAACUCUGCUGAUAAUGAUCACUGUGCAGGGGAGAUUCUGAUGCAUUUCGAAAUUUGUCAUGUGGUAUUCUGUUUAUACCUCAGGUCAUGUAACCGUCGCAGUAAAAUCUGAUGGAGGAACAAGCGACAAUACGUCUUACAUCACAGUGAAUGGCAUAGACUACAGUCCUCACAGUGCUGGAAUCAACUUUGUGGUUAUCGAUUACGAUACAGGUAAGACCACAGAGCUCGACGAAAUUAUUCAACAAUAUAAAGUAGAAAAUUUUCACACUGUUCAGUCUGCCCGUAAUUGGCAGAGGUUAAUCUAGGGGGUACAGUCUUACCUUUCAUUAUACCUCUUGAUGUAUCGUGUAAGAGCUAUUGUAAAUGCCUUUUAAGGCUGGUAGAAUUAAUGUAAGGAAGGCUUAUGAAUCAUUUCUCCUCAGGAGACGUUAAGUUUACCAGGGCCUUUGAAGUGAGUGACUCAGUGCGGCAAGUCGAGGAGUUUACCAGUAUAAUACUGGAACGCUCCGUUGUAUUAAUAACGAUGAACGCUUCAGCGGUACGAGCCUCCUCUCUAGUGAAUAUUACAUCACAUCUUGUACGUGAUCUCGGAGGAAACGUAGAAAUAGACUCGCGGUGGUAUUGUUUGAUUGGUUUUUACGGUCUGGGAACGUUUCCAUGGAUACGCGAGCAGCAAAGUCCGAACGAAGACUCUUGUAACAUUUCCAGUGUCAUCAGGUUGCCAGGUAAGUUUUAGUGAUUUAAGACCCUGGGUACAAAAGAACAUGCACGUAUGCGUUUAUGGGUUUUAUGGGUUGUUCUGUAGCACUUUGUAAUACCUGUCGCACUUUGUUAUAACAAACCAUCGCACUUUGUAAUAAAAUAAGCUGUUGCACUUUGUAAUAAACUUUAAAUGGAUGGUCGAAGGCCAAGUACAUUGAUGGGCUCCUGACCGGGUAUAUUUCAGGCAAGUAAGUGCUUGAAAAUUGAAAAUACACUGAUAGACAGUAAUAAACAGGUCUUCUUCUCACUGGAAUUUGUGAAUGUAUUUACUUCAGUUGGAUAGCAAACUCGAAACGGGACUAUUCAUUUUCUCAAGGAAGGUUCUGCCCUUACCCUUAGAGUUUUGCAAAGUGAGAUUUUUCAGGAACUCGGAAAUGGCCUAUUUUAGCCUGUUUACAUCUGCCCCCUCCCCUCAGAAAAAUCGGAUUUUUUUUGAGGGGAGAGGGUUGCUGUACACCGGCUUAGUUAUUGUGUGUGCUUUACUUCCCGACGCAAAACCACAAGUUAUACAUAAAAAACUAACCCAUUUAUUGUCAAAUUAAGUAUGUUCCAUACCACUGGGGAUGCAAAGCGGAGAAAUUGCUGAUUCCCAGCUAUCUGCCAGCAAUUAUUCAGUAAAUUUUGAACCUUGGCAUGGACGCUUAAACCGGUGGACUGGAGCCUGGUGCUCGACAGAAGAAACACUUAAUCAGUUCUUGCAAAUCGAUUUAAGAGACAUUAAAACGGUGACACACAUAGCCACUCAAGGAUAUUUUGAAGGGGCAUGGGUGAAGUCAUAUUCUUUGGAGUACAGCGCUGAUGGUGAGCAAUGGUUGGAAUACAAAGAGGCAGGAGGACAUAAAAGAGUACGAACAACAAUAUUGUUCUUUUUUAUUCUUAUGUUUCACCGAAUGAACUUUAAUUACGGCAAUUUUUCUGACUUUUUUCGGUAUUCAGAUACACCUUCUUCCAUAAAUUGGCGGCAAAUUUUGAUAUUCUUUUGUCUUUAUGAUAAUUGGCUCUUCACCCCUCGUUUCAUAAGUAAUACUUUUUUAGAAUUCUGUAGGCGCAAUCGAUAAAAAAGUGGCCAACAAAAAUAUAAAAGAAAAGUAAUAUUGUCCCCAUUUUAUGAUUAGAUGUAUUCAUUUUCAAGAGCUUGUUAACACGUUUGUCACGUGAUCAAAAGGUGUGAUCACGUGACUCAAUACCGUGUCCGCUGUAAUUCCUACGAUCUCAUUUGAUUAAAGAACUCCAAUUCGUACCAAUCAACAGAUUCAUCAACUAGCACCCCAACGUACCCCCAGCCCAUCAAUAUCCUUCGUUGACCUUCCUUAUAUCAGUCGCUUUGAAAAUAGUAGUAGUGCAGCGAGCAACGAAUUAGCCCACUCAGGAUAACAGCUUUGUUGUCGCAAAGGCAAACUUAAGCUUGGUAUCUAAUCUUGCCAGGCCUGUUCGAGCUAGAAUUUUUAUAUUGAUAUCCUUCUUAUAUUCCGACCCGAAGACGGCCUUUUUAAAUCUUUCACAUUGUUUGUAACGCCUUGAACUGUAUGGCUAAAUUAGAUAUUUUCGGUUCAUUCCGUUUUUCCUUCAAGUUUUAAAUAUUGACUUACAAUGUUGAGCAUCCAGUUCCAGUUUAAUCCUCCAAUCGGCAGGCUUGUCACCACGUAGUUGCAUUGGCGAAUACGCGUUCAACCAAUACUUAUGGUAUUUGUGGUUGGGGAAAUUGUGCCUUGACAUUUCAACGAAAGAUCGUAACUCUACAAAAACGGGCCUUACGUCUCAUUUACUUCAGUAAGUCUAAGGAACACGCCGUACCCUUCUUUCUCAAAUCAAAUUGCCUUCCCCUGCCUAGCAUAUUUUUCAGAGAUUGUAGCUAUUUAUUGUAUGAUAUCAACAGACAGACAGCACCAGUUAGUAUUCUCAAUCAGUUCGUUAAAACAAGUCAGAUUCAUAACUACAGAACAAGAUCUGUCUCUAGCGACUCGUUUUAUGUUAAGUUCUCUAGAACCGAUAAAAUGUAUGCCUUUUUCACGAGAAUCGGUGCCCAAAUUUGGAACUCUAUUCCGUAUUCGAUUAAAAUACUUAAACGUUCGUCCUUUCGUAAAAAAAUAAAGGAAUUAUUACUAAAUUUUUUGCGGUCAGAAGAUGAUUAUGUCGAAGUCUCCCGUCUUAUUAAGUUAUUUAAUACUUUAGUUAACCUCUCUUCGUAAUCGUUAUGUACAUGCCUUGUUUUUUGUUUUUUGUUUUAUGUUAGUUUAAACUCUAUUUACUGUAUUGUAGUGUCUUCACUGUUAUUUAGUCCAUCUAUAUAUAAUUCUUGUUUUGUAAUAUGUCUUCAGCUCCCCCCGCCUCGAUUAGUUCAUAAGCUAUUUGCGGGUGGGAAAGUAAUGUAAUUAGUUAUUUUCCAAUUUUCAAUAAAAUUUGUUGUUGUUUGUUGUUUUUUGUUGCAAGUUGAAAAAAACUCAUCUUCUUCGACAUUUCCUUUUUUCCAGAUAUUUGCAGGUAAUAGCGAUUCCACCUCUGUAAUUCGACAACGUCUGCUUCAUCCCAUACAUACUCGCUUCUUGCGUCUAACAAUUUUGACAGCUCAUCGUUUAUCAAACAAUCACGCUUGUUUAAGAAUGGAGAUCUAUGGGUGCAGCAAAGGUAAAAGUCAUAUUUAUUUUAUUCUCCUUCUGGUAGCCUGUGUACAGACGUCCCCCCUCCCUCAGAAAAAAUCGAUUUUUUCUGAGGGAGGGGGGACGUCUAUACACAGGCUACCUUGUGGGGAUGUCUUUACAUUGUUUAACACUACGAACCACUAAAGAUUGCCAGAAACUGGAUGACUAAAGAUCAUGCCUUCAAAGCUUGUCAUUUUUUCUGAUGUUUAUUUAUCUCAUUAAUAAAAACUGCUAAGCUACCCUAAGCCAAAAUAUUUAACAUCGAAGGAUAAGGUAGCCUUCCAUGAAGAUGAUCUUAGGGCUUGCUAGUCUAUACAGAAUAUACACCUCAUGUUUUCAACUUGGUUAAAAAAACCGCUUGCAAAGGAUUAUGAAAUAGAAAAAAAAUUGAAAUAUUUUCAGGGAGGACUUCACUUUUCUGGGAGAACUGCACAAAACAGCUGUAAAAUGGGUUUUGCGCGACGAAUUUGUCGAGAAUUCAAGAACUUGUCAAUCGGAGGGUCUGAAGCGAUUGUGAAAACGCACACGUCCCACGUUUGUCUGAGGUUCCUCACUUAAUUUUCGCGGCGGUGCGUUUUAUUUCAACAGCCGUUGUGAAAAAGAAACUGACUGAAAAUUAGAACCUGAUAAUGUCUCCUUACAGAAACUACACAAAUAGACGAAGGAGCUCCUAGAUUUGGAUUAAUUGGCCCGACAGAAAUGAUCACUUGGCCUGGAGCAAAUGUCUCAAUACGUGGUGAGAAAAUGAUUUUCGUCCCUAAGAGCAAGUUCUAUUUCGUCAAGUAAAUGGAAAACCUUACCCUGGGUACCAGAGGUUUUUUCUCGCGUGCGACGGGGAGCUUCGUUUUGUCGGCCGCAGGCCGACACGUGUUCGGCUGAAGGCCGAAGACUUGACCGAAACCGGAAACCGCGCAUGAAAAUCCUCUGGCACCCAGGGCAGGGAAACCUUAACACGGAAGCGAAAGGGUGUGCAUCACGCCAUUAUUAAAAUGGUUACAUUUUUUUUUAAAAUGUCUUACUUUGAAACUUGUUUACAUAAAUAUGAUUUCCAGUUAUUCCCAAACUUUUCUUACCAUGGUUUUAGAACAAAAGGCCCCCCCACAAAACUGAGAAAAUUUUUUACGAAACCGGGUCCAUCUCUUGUUAACAUUAAACAUGAGAAUUGCUUCUUUUUUACUGAGCAAAACUGUGUCGUGUUGAAUUUGGUAAAUUUGAAUAUUUUUAUCGAAAAAGGCUAAUUUAAAACAAAUUGGUAACUCUCUUUAAACGUUCUGGAAAAGCUCUCCUCCAAUUACGUCGAUUCAAAUAGGAAAGAGUUCCCUUAACCCAAAAUUCUAAUUCUCAUUUGUUAUCCCUAUAUGUUUUCAAUAGAAGUAGUGGGGAGAACUUGUUGAAGUAUCCAUUAGAUUCAUCCAGUGUGAUCAUGUCCUCAAUUCACAUGACCACUCUGUUUUAUAAAGCAGUGGUAUUGAAAGGAGAAAUUCGUUGCUCAUCAGUCUUAGGGCUUAACGGGUUAACUCUGACCUCACGGCAUUUCUGGGAGUCGAAUAUAACGUGGAAUACACUUGAUAGAUAAUUGUAAUCAUUUGCAAUACUUUUGAAAUUUUAGGUUUUUACCAAUAUUGUGAAAGUGCUUCAAAUGUGCUGUUACGCCAGCCUUACGUAACCGUCUUUGGAGAGUGCAGAUGCUUAGCACCUUCGGUCACACCAAACUGCCAGAGCGUCACUUAUUAUGAAACUUAUUUUGUUGCUUCUUUGAAUCCAGGGACUUACUCAAUCAUGGUAGGUUGCUAACAGAACGCACUACUCCUUUCACAUUUUAUUCUUGGUGAACUUCAGUUUUAUUUUUGGAGAUAGCGUUUCUUCUUAUCCAGUAGCUUAUGGUUAUAUUUGUGUCAUUUUUCACCGAAUUCGCGUUCCAAAUAUCUGGUGCAAAACGUUCUCGUUUGGACUUCUAUAGCAAUUGCGUUCAUUAUUGUACUAGGAGUAUUUUUAUCCUGUUAUACCAGGACUAUGCCAAACGCCCAAGCGCAGAGGAGCUAGGAGGAACGACUGUAUAGGUGGUUUUCACGUUACGUCAUCGCCGCCAUGCUGGUGGACGGUAGACAAAAGAUCGCUCAUUAGCUCGUUUUGUUUGUCCACCAGCCUUUGUUCAUUUCACCAUUGUUAUUUGUGUCUCCCGAGAUUGCAUGAAAACCACCUAUUCGCAGGCUAUUUUACUAUAUUCGCGUUCAACGAAGCAGAACGCAUUCUAAUCUUGCACGCACAAGAAUUCGUGAAUUUGUGUGAAAUGCCUUAGUAAUGAUAAUGAUAACUUUAUUAGCAUCUCAAAUAUUUAGCAUUUUUAAGGGACAUUUCAAUAAAAUUUUUUUCAGCCCUUCGGGCCCCAGUUUGGUCUAAAACUAAGGGAGGGUCCCUCCCCUGGAUCAGCCAUUGUGUACACACAGCCUAAAACGCGCCAACUGCGCAUGCCUGUUAUCUAUUACUGAAGAGGUCUAUUUUAUUAUAACCCGGUGUAUUUCAGAUGGGAGACAAAAACGAUAAAAGCGGUUGUAGUGCCACAAGAAUGAAGAACGCGAUCAACUUGGGAACUAUUCAAGUGAGACCACAAGGUGAGUGUCAUGAUACUCAUAAAUGUUCUUGAAUUUUAUGCCGGAUUGUGAAUGAAGCAAGUGGCGCUGGAGGAAUCUUUGAAGAAGAAAUAGGCAGUAAGGUCAACGAAAAGUGGAGGGGAGGUGGGCAAAAUGAUAUUAUGAAGCUUCCUAUUAUCUUCAGUUUGUAGUUUGGUUAGCAAGCACUUUCACUCCAAUUUUGGCGCAAUAACUCUAUUCGAAAACCUUGCUACGCAGGCUAUACAGAUACUAGAUCGACUAUAAGCUGAAGUUCAAAAAAACCUAAGUUCGCAAGCCUUACAUAAUCAUUUGUUACAUCAGUCUAAUCUGUCACUUCUCUAUGAAAUACUGGUCAGUAACAGGAUAAAAAAGAGUUUUGGGAUAAAACUGGCUUGAAAUUUGAACGUCACAUUUGCAGUACUCGGAUCUACAUCUUGUGUUAUCAUCGUUGUCGUUAUCAUCAUCAUGGUCAUCAUCAUUAUUACUAUCACUCUCAUCCUUAUGGUUGACAUACCCACCACCAAGACACCACCUUCAUUAACACGUCAUAGAUUAUCGUCAAUGCCUGUAUAUUCGCAUAGUUAACAAUACCUUUGACUGUCAGUUUUUGUAUCUGUUUUGAAAAGGAGCAUACCCGAGACAUUGUAUGGAAGCGCAAAACUGGCAAGGAUCACAGAGUCGUUCAGGAAUUUUUACAUUGAGCCUCGAUCCUAGUGGGAACGACACAUUUGACGUUUACUGCGACGAAGAAUGGACAGUUGUUCAACGGCGCAAAGAUGGUUCUGAAAUCUUCGAUCGUGGAUUUGAGGAUUAUACGAAUGGUUUUGGAGACCUUGCAGGAGAAUUCUGGCUGGGUCUUCGAAAGCUUCAUCUUCUUACUCAAACCCCAUCAGUUCUCUUAAUCGAACUACAGCUCCUUAAUGGCAAUAGAGUGUUUGCUAUGUACAAGCUAUUCCAAGUUAGGUUAACAGGACUCCAGAAUGAAAAUCGUUACCAGCUAAUAGUUGGUAACUACGUUGGGACUGCAGGGGACGCUUUAGGCGACUUAAAUGAAGUCUUUUUUUCAACACGUGAUAGUGAUAACGAUGAUGACGUAGUUCGUAACUGUGCAGGCACACUGGGAUCAGGGUGGUGGUUUAAGAAAUGUAUCUCACAAUAUACAGUAUCUGUAGAUUUAAAUGGGAACUAUCCCAGUGGAAUUCGCUGGCGUGUUGGGUCGACUUCUCAUGCUAUUACAUCUGUGACCAUGAAAAUCAAACCUAAACAAGGUAAUGAUAUUCUAAAGUUUUUUUUUCAUUUAUUAUUCAUUACUCAUAGAGUAUUUACGAGACUGCGCGAUGCAGUUAAUAUUGUGUGUUCACUUGACAUAAUGUGACUGCACGAUGCGGUAGUUAUGUCAGCCCACAAUUGACCUGCUCACCACUGAGUUCUCAGUAGCUCAGUGGUUAGAGCAUCCCCCUAGUGUACGGAAGACCGUGGGUUCAAUUCCCAUCUGAAACUCAGAAGUUUUUUCUGUUUUCUUCUCUCCAUACAUAUCAUUUCAUUUAUUAUUUAAAGUUUUAUCGCCUAAUUAUUUCUAAAGUGCUGUAAACCCGGCGGGGGGGUCUGAACCAAUAUUUGAGUAUGAGUGAACUGUCGUGGGUUUGAAACCCUGACCUUGUCUAAGAAAAAAUCCUACAAUACAUACCUCGUUUAGGCACAUACCCCUGUUAGGACAACGCCCUCAAUUUAACAACCCUAUUUUAACCAUCGUUUUGGACUGUUUUAGCUGCACGUUUCCUAUUUCAUCAACUUGAAUCUCACGUUUGCCGUUUGCCGCAAACGUCACUCCUUCAGGAUUGACGAAAAUGAAACUCAAAAAUUUGACAAUUUACCUGCUCUCAAAUGUUAAUUAUAGUACAACACAAACUCAGGAUUGACCAAAAAACAGUAUACUAACUUUUGACAAAACAGACCUUUUGGCUUUCGUUUUGUGAUUCAGACUCAAACUUUUAAUUUUCUGGUUUCUAAGACAUAUUGUGCAGCGACGAAAAGUGUUAUGGUUUAUCUAGUCACGUUGCAAGUUGGAACGACUCUUUGACCCAAAGUCCAAAUGGAUUCAGGCCAGUGAAGAUUACAAAUAAGUACGAACAGGAUGUUGUGUCCGGAUUCGCUUCAUCAAAUCCUUGGAUUGGUAAGAUUGAUCAUUCAGGCCUUGGGAGAUUGGGGAUUGCUCACGAAAUUCUUUAAAAGUGACCUUCAAUUUCAAAUCCAUGUUCACCAGGACCGUUUUGAUAUUGCUCAGUUAAUUUUUACUGGGUAUUUGCCGCUGGCAUCUCAGAACCCCUACCCCAUUAUAGUCUAUUCUGUGGCCAAACAUAGACCCCAUCUUAGACACUUUUGGGAAACCGUAAUUUUCACCGUCCCAUCUUGGUUUUAAAAAAAAGAUUGUUCAUUCUACUUGUAUUUCAAAUCAAUAGCUAUUGGUUGCCAACUCUAUUUCACAGAAAUGAAGAAACGGAUCACGAUCAUCACGUAAUCGGGCAUAAAACUCUGAGCAUUCUGGUUUUCCUGAAUGUUUAAAGUUGGGCAACGCGGUGGUCAUCAGACAAUUAAUGUUUUCCAUGUUCAGUUGGGGUGAUUAUGGAGUAUUUGUUAUGAGUUGUGAGUUGUUUGUCUUUGCUUCUUAAUUCUUUUUUCCCUGUAGGAUUGUCGACCAGAGACGUCCAUCAAUCCAUAUGGAGUGAAAUCGGAGAAGCACUUGGUCUUUCCCAUUCUGAGAAGUGUUUGCGCAUGAGUGCCGAAGGUUACCGCUGGAACACAACACCAUGUGACUCUCAGACGUUUUUUAUUUUCGAAAAAGGUAACAACUUACGGUUGGUCCCAGCCCUGGUCAGGCUGCAAAUCAAGGUCUUAUAAGGUCAUGCUUGUUGUGUUUUAGAUAUCGUCUCAGGUGGGAAAAUCGCGUCUUUAAGCAGUGCAUCAACCAUUUGGCGUUGGCCCUUUCCUUCAUUCUUCUUUUCUUUAGUCAAUUCAGGAGGAUUUAAAAAGACCCUUACUGCUGUUCGAAAAGUGUACAAGACGUAUCCCAAUGAUGUACUAAGCUACCUCUGUUCGUACUUUCCGUAUGAAUUGGUUGGCUAGGUUAUAGUGUCCCCUAAGCCAACAUUAAACUUACUUCUCACUUAGGGCAAAAUUUUGGCUUAGGGGAGGGGUACGUGGGCAGUUUCCCAGAAACCUAAACUGACCCGGAGAAUCUAUACUUUCUCUGUAGAUAAUGAAAUGUCCCUGCUGGACCUCAGUUUUGGUGGAGGUGGAUCUUCUAACACAAGCCUGUCUUUAGUGUAUGACCAAAGUAGCUAUUGUAUUAGAAUUAAAGUGGACACCUAUUCCUUCAAGCUACGUUUGAACAGAACUACGUCAUUCAACGAAUGGACUCAUGUAACAGUGUCCCUGAACAGAUCCAACAGGGUACUGACAUAUGGCGAAAAUGGGCUAACUAUGUCACAGGUAAUGAUCUCGUUUAGUCCC